CCCGUUUCUUUAAAAUUCUCUCCCAUCAUAAAAAGAAAAUAAAAAACAAAUUAAGAGCGGCGAGAGAGAGAGAGAGAGAGAGAGAAGGAGAGAGACGGUGAAGGGCGUCAUGGGGAGGGAGCUGACGGAGGAGCAGGUGGCGUCGAUGCGGGAGGCGUUCUCCCUCUUCGACACCGACGGCGACGGCCGGAUCGCGGCGUCGGAGCUGGGGAUCCUGAUGCGCUCCCUCGGCGGUAACCCCACCCAGGCCCAGCUCAAGGAGAUCGCGGCGGCGGAGAACCUGACCACCCCCUUCGACUUCCCCCGCUUCCUCGACCUCAUGCGCGCGCACCUCCGCCCCGAGCCCUUCGACGCCCAUCUCCGCGACGCCUUCCGCGUCCUCGACAAGAACGCCACCGGCGCCGUCGCCGUCGCCGAUCUUCGCCACGUCCUCAUCUCCAUCGGCGAGAAGCUCGACCCUGCCGAGUUCGACGAGUGGAUCCGUGAGCUCGGCGUCGCCCCCGACGGUACCAUCCACUACGAGGAAUUCAUCCCCCGCAUGGUUGCCAAGUAGUCAUGAACGAUCUAACCCUGGGAUCCGAUCUGAUCCUAUCACUGGGUAACUUUUCUCUUUUCCCCGUUCCUCGUCUCGCCUAGAUUUGAUGGAUUAGGAUUUAUUAGGUCUUGGGGAUCUGAUGGUUUUUACUUUCUUUGAUGGAUUAGGAUUUAUUAGGUCUUGGGGAUCUGAUGGUUUUUAAUUUCUUUGUGGGCAUUCUGUGUGAUCUUUGUGGUGUUUGGGUGUUUGAUUGCAAUGAUGGAUGCUUGGACCCGAAAAGUUUGAAUCUCUUUGAAGUUUAGCUUCUGGAUUGCUAGUUUAUGUAGUUCAUUAAAAUGAGAAUUUUUUUAUGAAUUUUGUUACCAAGACUAUUCUGGUGAAGAAAUCUAAAGUCUGUUUUGUGUUGUUUUU